AUGGAGGCACCCAUGCUCAAGCUCUUGCUGCUGGCGCUGCUUCCUUAUGUCUCCUCUGCAGGAAACCUCUCUCGAGGAUGUCGGGAAGAUGUCGCCGCUUUUCUGUCUGACCUGAAUGCACCAAACCCCAAAGCUUAUGCUGUGAGGAUGUAUGAUUCUGUUGGGAAACUCGGCAGCAAUAUCCUUAGCGGGAACACGGACAGACUGGGCUGUUACAGCGAAUGCGUUUCUGUGGAGGCUCCUUCCGGAAGAUUCCGGGGGCAGUACUGCAAACUCCAAGUACAGCAGGACAGCAUUGAUUACUACAGUGGAGUCUGCGUACCCAGUUCCUGCUCUGACGAAGAUGUCACAGAACUCGCUAUCCUAGAAUCUUUCAGCCGUUUGGCUGGCAAAGCCUCCCAGGGAUGUCUCCUCGGCUCUAGACGGGAUCAGAGCCCUGAGUCUCCUAUGGAUUAUUUCCGGACACACCAGUCAGAUGGCGGCCUGGCAGAAUUUAGACUUCAGCCACUCCAUAUGUACUCUGUGUGUCUUUUGGUCGGCUUGUAUUCCGUCGUUCCUUGGAGAGCAUUAUGGGAGCCGUCAAAACUUCAGGUGGACAACUGCCGAAGAGUGUGGUGGGCCAAUCUGUUGCUGAUUAACAAUUUAAUUGCUGGGACAGAAUCAUGCAAUGGAUGGACGUGGUACCUUGCCAAUGACUUCCAGUUCUAUUUAACAACCCCUCUGCUCGUUUUUUUCUACACCAGAAGUAAGCGUGCACUGAUGGCGUUAGGAACCUUUCUUUUCCUGGCAACUUUCACAGUCACGGCACUGCUGUCAUUGUUUUACAGACUUCCUGUUGCGAACCCACGUGACAUGAGGGAAACAUCCACCGUGAUGUAUUUCAUGGAGUAUUAUUCGAAACCUUAUUGCCGAUAUGGUCCAUUUCUGGUCGGCAUCCUCUUAGGACUCUUCACCUACCAACAACCAACCCCGGUCUUAAGAACCAAGACGCAGGCUUCUCUCGGAUGGCUUUGUGCAAUGUUCUCCAUGUUCAUGGUGGUCACUCUGGCUUACACCUUAGAGGCCUCCCUCGAUGCCUACUCACUUUCUGUGGCCCUUUACCAGGCCGUUCACCGGACAGUUUGGGCAGCUGCUGUGGGGUGGAUCAUUUUUGCUUGUGAGGAAGGCUUUGGAGGUUUCAUCAACUGGUUGCUGUCAUGGGGCAUUUGGGCUGUGGUAGCAAAAAUCAGCUACGCCUGCUAUUUGGCGCAUCCCAUGUUGAUCUUGCUGUACAACGGACUUCAGGAAACUCUCAUGCACUACUCUGACAUCAACAUGUUCUACCUGUUCCUUGGACACUGCCUGAUGACAUUCGUUGUUGGACUGGCAUUGACGGUGAUGAUUGAGAUGCCUCUUCAGGAGUUAAAGCAGUCUUGUGGAAAUCGACGGGUGGUUCCAUUGUAA